UAGAGCUGUUGGGAAGGCGUGUCAGGCAGCCGCUGAACCCGAACCUGGACCGAGGGACUCCCUACAACACAGAACCGACUCGCUCGCUCGAGAAAAGGAGGAUCCUCGCUCGUCUUUGCCCGGCGUCCAAAUGCCCUGCUCCUGGAAGCUACUCGGGUUUCUGUCGGUGCAUGAGCCCAUGCCCACCACGGCCUCGUUUGGCAUCGAAAUGUUCAACGUCACCACACAAGUCCUCGGGUCUGCUCUUAACGGGACCCUUUCGAAGGACAACUGCCCAAACACCGAGUGGUGGAGUUGGCUCAAUGCCAUCCAGGCCCCCUUCCUCUGGGUCCUCUUCCUGCUGGCCGCACUGGAGAACCUCUUUGUCCUCAGCGUGUUCUUCCUGCACAAGAACAGCUGCACUGUGGCGGAGAUCUACCUGGGCAACCUGGCAGCGGCGGACCUCAUCCUGGCCUGCGGGUUACCUUUCUGGGCCAUCACCAUCGCCAAUAACUUCGACUGGGUGUUUGGAGAGGUGUUGUGCCGGGUGGUGAACACCAUGAUCUACAUGAACUUGUACAGCAGCAUCUGCUUCCUGAUGCUCGUGAGUAUCGACCGCUACCUGGCGCUGGUGAAGACCAUGUCCAUGGGCCGGAUGCGCGGGGUGCGCUGGGCCAAACUCUACAGCCUGGUGAUCUGGGGCUGUACACUGCUUCUGAGUUCACCCAUGUUGGUGUUCAGGACCAUGAGGGAAUACAGCGAAGAGGGCCACAAUGUCACUGCCUGCGUCAUCGUCUACCCGUCCCGCUCCUGGGAAGUGUUCACCAACGUGCUGCUGAACCUGGUGGGUUUCCUCCUGCCCCUGAGCGUCAUCACCUUCUGCACGGUGCGCAUUUUGCAGGUGCUGAGGAACAAUGAGAUGAAGAAGUUCAAGGAGGUCCAGACAGAGAGGAAGGCCACCGUGCUGGUGCUGGCCGUUCUGGGGCUCUUCGUGUUAUGUUGGGUGCCUUUCCAGAUCAGCACCUUCCUGGACACACUGCUGCGUCUUGGCGUGCUGUCAGGAUGCUGGGACGAGCACGCUGUAGAUGUCAUCACGCAGAUCAGUUCCUACGUGGCCUACAGCAACAGCGGCCUCAACCCACUGGUGUACGUGAUCGUGGGCAAGCGCUUCCGGAAGAAGUCCCGAGAGGUGUACCGGGUGCUGUGCCAGAAGGGAGGCUGCAUGGGAGAACCCGUCCAGAUGGAGAACUCCAUGGGGACUUUGAGAACCUCAAUCUCCGUGGAACGGCAGAUCCACAAGCUGCAGGACUGGGCAGGGAAGAAAGAAUGAACAGAAGCCACCAGGCAGGACUACUGCCAAGUGUGUGAGGAUUGGUGGGACCCGAGCUCCUCAGCCUGGGUUCAGGAAGGAGCUUGAAGCAUCCUAGGCAGCCCCAGGGAAUCAGGCAGGUGACUCCAGCCCUGUCUCAUGGCAUAAGCAUGCUGUGGGGAAUGGGUACCCUGGGGCACAGCAGGGUCAUUCUUACUGACUGACGCUCUAAUUCUCCAUGAGUGGAGGGGUCAUGGGUAUGGGUGGGAGUGACAGAGCUUUCCCCUUUUGGGGAAGGACAGAUCUCCUGCCAGCUUUGGCCCUGUGGCUACAUGCACAGUAGGCAUGGCUGCCUCAUUUCCCAGUUUCAAGGGUAUAAGAUUUAUUGGUCAUCUGAAGGUUAAAUUCUAUGGAGUCUCAGGUAAGAGCCCAGGGACUGGGGUUCGGUGGCUCCUUUCACCUGUAGACAAGGUGGACAGCACAAAAGAAGAGCCCCCAAAGCAUUUAUGGAGCACUUGUUGAAUACACGCCGUUAUACACUGAGGGCAAGAGGAAAGAACUGCAUAGUUUAAUGUCUUAUAGGAGCCCUGACAUUAGCGGAGAAUAACGAGAAGGGUGCUGCUGGUGUGCCAAAGCAAGGAACUGUGGGAGACGGGAGAGCACAGGGCCCAGGUGAGCCAGUAGCCUCAUCCCUGCCUCUGCUUCUUCGGCUGUAAUGUGAGGGUGUUCUGGGCUUUGAAAGUGGGGUGUUAUAUGGCUGUGAGGCAUUGUGACUCACACCACCACACGCAGACGCAUUGGGACACUUGGCACAGAGAAAGCCACUCAGGCUGAAGAGCUACUCUGUGGGGACACUCAGUGUUGGAAGACCCAGGACCUGCCUGCAGGUGUCUGCGGCCCUCAGUCCCCUCUAUCUUUCCCUCCUAGUAUCUCACCCCUAUGCACACACAACAAAGCAUUUGCUCCACGGGAAGGGCAAGGGCGGGAGACAGCGAGUGUUUGUUUUGCAGGGAAACAAAGAAAAAAGAAUUCUGAUGGGACCUGCCCAGGGAAUCCACACCUCAUAGCCUGGCUACAAAUUGGUAGCUGUUCAGGAGAG